UAAUCUACUAUACGUUGCAGUACGUAGUCAACAUUGGGAACGGUACGGAUGGAAUGUUGUUAAUUCAAUUUCAAAAGUCGUCCAAAAGUUGAAUGUUUGGAAGGUCUUAGAAGUCAAAAGUGAAAUUUCAAUUUCAAGAAACUUAAAUUGAAUCAGUGUUAUAUAGAGUGUAUCCAACUACGUCUUGUGUACCCCUACUUUGAUAUUAAAGAAAAUAUAGAAAACUGGGAGAUAGUUGAUAAAAAGGGCUCGCAUACUUCAACAGUUCCGUUCCAUAAGAAUAUUCGUGCAUGUUAUGUGAAUUGAAUAAGUAUCUCAUUUUAUCUGUGUAAUUUUAUCUCGCACACGAAAACAAACCGAAAAUAUUUGUCUUAUCUUAAUCCAUUAAUUAGAUUAAGUUCGUCGUAGACGAAUUAAAGUGAAAAUAUACGGUGCGCUUGUUAAUAUACAAAAAGAAGCUCUACCAACAAUUAAUGAUGAAUUUAAAGAGAGGAAAAACCGGUCUGAUCUAUGACUUCCGUAUGACCGAACAUCGUUGCCUUUGGAAUAGUGGUUAUCCAGAAUGCCCGGAACGAUUUACACGAAUACUAGCUCGAUGCGACGAAUUAAAACUUAUUGAGCGUUGUCAUUCAAUACCGUCCCGGCCGGCUACACUGAACGAAAUUCUUCUUAAGCAUACUCGUGAACAUUAUGACGUAUUGAAAGCGUUUGAUGGAGAAACUGACGAGGAGAAAUUGGAAGAAAUGUGCACUCAUUAUGACAUAUUCAUUCAUCCGUCUACGUUUGAGUUAUCAAUGUUAGCAGUCGGCUGUGCCGUCGAAUUGGUAGAUAAAAUACUUUUAGGUGAAGUACAGAAUGGCAUGGCUGUUAUUCGUCCGCCAGGUCAUCAUGCAAUGGAAUCACGAUUUGAUGGCUUCUGCUUUUUCAACAACGUUGCGAUUGCUGCCCAGCAUGCCAUCAAUAACCAUUCCGUGAACCGAAUCCUGAUCGUUGACUUUGAUGUCCACCAUGGUAAUGGUACUCAACAAUUAUUCUAUGACGAUCCUCGAGUCUUAUAUUUUUCCAUUCAUCGAUUCGACUAUGGGAUAUUUUUCCCAGGUUUACGCGAAUCCGAUUUUGAUUAUGUGGGCGAGGGAAGAGGUAUCGGUUUUAAUUUCAACGUGGCAUUGAAUAAAAGUGGAAUGACAAAUUCAGAUUAUUUGGCUAUUUGGCAACAGAUUCUUUUGCCAGUAGCUACGGAAUUUCAACCUGAGUUAGUACUAAUAUCAGCUGGAUAUGAUGCUGCUUAUGGAUGUGCAUUAGGUGAGAUGGAAAUAACACCCGCAUGUUAUGCACAUUUAGUAUCACCAUUAGCUGCUCUUGCUAACGGUAGGAUUGCUGCCUUCUUAGAAGGUGGAUAUAAUCUCGAAUCUUUGGCUGAAAGUGCAGCAAUUACAUUGAAAACAUUUUUGGGUGAUCCGUGUCCACUCCUAGAAAUGUUGGAUGAACCGAGCGACAGUGUUCGAGACAGCAUCUUGAACUGCAUUCAAUCGCACAAAGCAUACUGGUCAUCCUUACAAGUUCACAAAGAGUAUAGUCUUUCGGCCCCAAUCGGCGACAAAUCUAAUAUUCAUGAAGUUAUUCAAAAAUUCAUCGACGAUAAAGCACUGAAUCCUUGGCACAAUUGCGAAUACUACGAUCCGCACAUGAUUUUCUCUAAUCAAACUCGGAGUAAGGAGACUGACGAAAAGAUCAGCAAACAUCUUCAACACUUGAAGAGUGUCACCAAUCUCGAUAAACCUUUGAACCGAACCUGCAUCGUUGUUUCGGAAAGGAGCGUAGAUAUCGAACGAUUUCUGUUGGAACAUGAUUUGUCGGAUAGUUUAUAUCAACCGGAUAAACGUUAUCAACCUUUAACAACUCCAUUAACUUUGGAGCUGUUGCAAAAUGUUCUCGAAGAAAAAUACUUGAAUGGAAUUCAUAUGGAGAUCGGAGAAAGUACGGUCGCAGAUAAUAUUGCAUUAGCAUCGCAAUAUGCGACUGAAGUCCACGGACUGACACGUGUAUUGGUUGUUGACUUGUGUAAGACCAACCGACAGAAUAUCGACACGCAGCCUGAUGGGAACGGAAACAUUUUGUAUACGUCCUUGAGUCUUGGCGAUGCCAAGGACACUUGCUACAAUGGCAAUGGUGUUAAUGUUCCAAUGAACAAGGAAACAGUCGGUGAUUCCGAUUAUGUGGCAGCAUUUCAACGAAUCAUCAUGCCUAUCGCUUAUGAAUUCAAUCCAGAAUUGGUGUUGGUUUCUGCAGAUUUUGCUGCAAUCAAUGAACUUUUUGAAGCUAAUAUUUCAGCGGAAAUAUUCGGCUAUUUAGCACAUUGGCUCUCAGCUUUGGCCAAUGGAAAAGUGAUCCUUUUCUUGAAAGGUGAAUGCAAUGCAACAUCAACCAGUAUCAACGGAUUGUUUGGAAAUCCAUUAAAAAUGCCAAAAAGACAAACCGGCACGAAAGUGAACAAUAUUGAGACUAUUCAAAGUGUCCUGACGAUUCAGCAGAACAAUUGGAAGUCGUUGAAAUUUAAUAAAAUGUUGCCAUCCGCAUAAAUCCGAUAUUUACAUUUGAUGGCAAUUGUAAUACUUUUUACACAAAAUAAUUAAAUUCGCAGCAAAAUAUGAA